GAGGAUGGAAGACGAGGGAUAUCGUCAGUCGUCACUCUUUGGUCGUCUAUCUGCAGUCGUCUCUGCAUCGCCGAUCAUCCUGUUCUGCUCAUCCGAUAGACGAUGAAGCUGGAACACCGAUGAAUCGAAAGUGGAAGGUGGGAGCCCGGCGCGAGCUGGUCUCGUCGGUAGCGGGGACCGUCGCCACCAGUCGCCGGCUCAGUCGCUCGUCCGACGCCGUCGGCGAAGGUGGUGCUGUUGAAGACAGUCGGCUGGGUGCGCCCGGCCUGUCAGAGUGGUGUGGAAUCUUCCGUGGUGUCUGAGGCGUGGUAACCACGAUGAAGUCGCCGCCGCUGCUUCUGCUGCUGCUGGUUGUGACAGUCUCUGCGGCAGGGAAUUCUGGAAAGUACGGAGAGCUGGAGACACUCCAUGAGUGGGCCCGGCUGGACUUUGACUGGGCGUCUGCGGAGGCCCGUGAGACCGCCAUCGAGACUGGUCGCUACGUGCCCGACUACUGCGCUCUGUAUGAUGUCAAGGCCGUGGAUGGAGAGGUAUUUGUGACGGUUCCUCGUCUGAGGCACGGCGUACCCGCCACGGUGAAUCGAGUACUGGCGAGAAGUAACGACACGGUGCUGAGUCCUUACCCCAGCUGGGAGCUGAACACUCACGGGUCGGAUUGCAAGGGGAUCCAGAACGCCCUGGCGAUUGAGAUCGAUCCACAGCGUAGGAUGUGGAUCAUCGAUUCGGGAAGUCACGGUAUGUUCAGUCGCUCGACUCACGAAUGUCCCGCCAAGCUGGUCGUCUGGGAUAUGGUGGCUGGGAAGGAAGUAAGGAGGUUCAGCUUCCCCGAAGAGCUGGUGCCUUACCGGCAGGGAGCCAUGCUGCGUGCUUUGGUGCUUGACACGGCUGCAGGGAACUCUGAGGACUGGUUCGCUUAUGUGGCAGACAUGAUGGGUGAGCAAGUGCUUGUGUACUCGUGGAGGGAAGACUCCGCCUGGAACGUGACGCAUCCCUCCAUGAAGUACGACGCCUCAGCGAUUGCGGUGGAGAUUGGUAGUGAGGUCGUCUCUUUCCCUACGGCCAUUGACAGCCUGGCGAUAUCUCCUCGGAGUGCUCCUGAUCAACGCCUGUUCUUUGCCCCGCUCUCCAGCUUCCAUUUCUUCUCGAUCGCCACAUCGUUCCUGCAGAAUCGCACUCACGUAGCGAUGGCUUCAGCCGCUGAGAUCAAUGAACAUGUGGUCAAAGUGGGCACCCGCAGCUCUCAGUCUGAAGGGAUGACCGUGUCAGACUCGGGAAUCAUGUUCUACAGCGUUCUCAACAACAAUGCCAUCGACCAGUGGAACACGAGUGCGCCCUUUUCGGCGAAGGAUCAGGUCUACCGCGACGACACACGCCUUCAAUGGACGAGCGCCUUCGGCUGGGACGGCGGCUACCUCUACGUGGCCAGCAACCGCUGGCACAAGGCCGGCUUGCUGGCGUUCAGCUCGUCCGACGAGCUGAUGUACCGCGUGCUGCGUGCCCGGGUCGACAUGGACAGCUACAUGGGACCCUACCGCAGGGGGCAGCGGGUGGGCGUGGCUGGCUCCGCGCCGCCCCGCGCCACAACCGCCGCUGUGGCGCUGCUCUGCGCCGUGCUCGCCGCAGUCGCCGUGUAGCCGCGUCAGAUGUGCCGACAGUGCGCCACAGUGAAGACAGUACAGGUAUGAAAAAGGAGACGAUCUCGUCUUGAGAGCUCGCUUCUUUGAUGUCUAACCUUCUGCCGCUUGGCUGAUAACUAACCACAACUAACAUCGCUCGCUGUAGCUACGAUAACUCAACACUCACGUGCCCCUUAAUAUCUUACACGUGUGCUGCCGUAACCUGCACGUGGAACGUGUUGCACUGCGCGAGCGCCCACUAAUGUAUUGCACGUGCAAUGUGCAUGCUGUAAGAUAGUGCUUGCAAGUAACCGCGUGUCUGUAUUUAAAUGUAUACGAAUCGUGCCCGCGACACCUGGCUUAUCCCUGUAUAAACUCUACUGACUCGCUGAACGAGGUCUGACUCAUUGACUCAUCUUCCCGAAUCAGUCACUGACUCUGACUCACCUUCUCGAGUCAGGCCUCGAAAUGCACCAGCCUGUUGUCUGACCUCCAAGCAUGACCAUCCAUACGCCUUCGCUCACGAGCCACCAGACGUGCUAAAACAUCGCAUUCAACUCUGUACGACCGUGCAAACGAAUUGUUGUGUGCUGCUACCUCAUCGACAUGUACCGGCCAACCCAGGGGCCCGCUCGAUCCACUUUGGCGGCCGCCGAGGGAACAGGAGGUGCUUGUUGUCGAGUUUGCGUGUUGUGGUAUCUGUUGCAUGUUUGUUGCGUUUUUUAGGUGGAAUUCUCCCCAACAGCUGUAGGGUAACACGAAAUGUCGAGAAAAAAAAUAGGUUGAUGAAGUGGGGUGAGAUCGAUGGUUGUUGAAAGUCGAUCGCGUAUCCGUCGCUAUUUGUCCGUUUCCAGAAACGUAAGCAGAUAGUAAACGAACAACCUAUUGUGACUGGGAGCGAGGCUGCUGAUAUGACCAUUGAUCAGUUCACGGCGUCGAUAUUCGAUGAGCAGCUGCUUAGUGCUUACAGCUGUUAUUUUACUACUGCUGACAGCUCUAACUAGGAAGCAUAGACAGCAGUUUUAGCAGUCUUUCUGACUUGCCAGUUCCGAUGACCGCUCUUGGUUUCGGCUUCCUGUUGGUUGUCCAAUAACCAACUGUAUAUUUCUCAAUAAACUGAAGCCGUACUGGCAUCAGGUAAACAGCUCUGGCUCAUCGCCCAACUUUGGAAAGUCUGGCAGGGUCCCUCGACUGUUGAACGCCAGACGGUCGACUCCGGUCGACCUCCGGGGCCGUCCCUGUCGCCUCCGUCCCGGCGCCCGGCGCGUCGGAGCGAGCCGCGACAGUCUGGCGCCGUCGGUAUCGACUGAGACCAGUUCGUCGGAGCCGACGACUGGCGCGUGCCGGUGUGACGUG